GAACGGACCGUUUUCUGAGGAAUAGGUUGGGAAAAUGGAGUGGUGUAAGUUUCUUUGUCAAUACAGUGAACAGGAAUUUAAAUGGUUUCUUGACUUUAGAUGUAUAUGCAGCUAACAUUGACCAAACGACAAGUAACUUGACUCUCAUAUCCUGGGAUUCAGACACACUGGUUUGGAGGAAAGUAAACACAGACUGUGAAGGAGUUGAAAGUGUAACGGAUGAACCUGGAGUUAUGAAAUUCCAAAUCUGCUCAGAUGCUUCAGAAAUGACAAAAAGACAAAAACGUCAAACAACACAUUAUGGUGGCAAAACGCAAUUUGCACUGAGUGAAGUUAAUGAGCAAUUUAAGAAUACCCCUCCAAAAAUAACAUCACGCGACCACAUGAACAUUACAGAGCAUAGUGGUCAGAGAUUUUCGUUUAAACUAAGUGCUCGGGACGAAGAGGGUGA